CCUCUCCCCAAGAUGGCGGCCCCGCCGCCGCCACCCUUCCCGGGCCGCUUCGCGCCGCCGCCGUUCCGCGCCUUCCCCCCGGGGCCUUUCCCCCCGCCUCCCUCCGCGCCCUUCCCCGGCCGCCCGGCUCCCCCCUUCGCGGCAGCUCCUCCGCCGUUCCUCCUUCCCCCCGAAGCCGCUCCCUACUUCCCGGCUCCCCGCCCCGCCGCCGCCGCCCCGCCGCUCUUCCCCCCGUGGCCCUCAACCGAGCGGCCCCCGGCCGGCCGCGGGGCCCCGCCGGGCGAUGGGGAGGCGGAGGAGGAGGCUCAGCAGCGGCAGCGGGACGAGCAGUGGCUGGCUCAGUUCCUGGCCCGCCGCCGGGCUCCCCCACAAGCUCCGCCGCUUCCUCCGGUGCCCCCCGGUGCCAGCCCCGAGGCCGGGCGGCGGCUGGCGGUGACGGCCCUGGGGCUGGUGGCUCGCCUGGCCGCCGCCUGCCGGGCCCUGAGGCGGCUGGAGGCCGAGGGGGAUGAGGAAGGAUGGGGCGAGGUGCAAGCCGAAGCCGAGGCGGCGAGGUCGGAGCUGCGGGAGGCCGUGAGGCCCCUGAGGGAAGCCGGCUACCUGCGGGAGCUGGGGAGGAAGGCCGAGAAGGCGAGGAAGAGGAGGCAGCGCCUCCAAAGGAGGAAGCAAGAGGCCAAGGCGGCCAAGGAGGAGGAGGCCGCCCGAGCCGCUGAGCGGGAAGCCGAGAUCGACCGGUGGAGGGCCAAGUGCAUCCAGGAGGUGGAGGAGAAGAACCGGGAGCGGGAACUUAAGGCUGCUGCAGACAGUGUCCUGUCUGAGGUCAGGAAGAAGCAAGCAGACACAAAGAGAAUGAUGGACAUCCUGCGUGCCUUAGAAAAGCUUCGGAAGCUGAGAAAAGAGGCUGCUGGCAGAAAAGGUGUUUGUCCGCCUCCCUCAGCAGACGAAGCAUUUGAAAGUCAGGUAGAAAGUCUCAAAACGUUGCUAAAAAACCGGACAGAGCUGUACGAAGCUGAAGAGAGAGCAUUAAGAGUUAUGUUGGAGGGAGAACAGGAGGAAGAACGGAAGAGGGAAAUGGAGAAGAAACAGAAAAAGGAAAGGGAAAAACUUCUACAGCAGAAACGUGAAAUCGAUUCCAAGCUGUUUGGGGAUCCAGAUGAAUUUCCUCUUGCCCAUCUACUGCAACCCUUCAGAGAAUAUUACUUACAAGCCGAGCAUUCUGUAGCAGCUCUAAUCCAGAUCAGGCACGAAUGGGAUCAGUACUUGGUGCCAGCUGAUCACCCCGAAGGAAGCUGCAUCCCUCCAGGCUGGGUUCUUCCAGGUCUCCCCACAAAUGACACUUGGGCCACUGCUGUCAGAUAAUUGAGAAAUAAAUGAUUUUAACAUUGAAGGAAUGAGGUCUCAUCCUUGGGUCCUGUUUCUGGUGGCCAGGUACUGGAAUAUCUUGAAGAAAACAGUAAGAAAUGUUUUUUUCUGACUCUGGAGGGAAAUAUCUGAGCAAGUGCAAAGCUGUCAGGCCUCUUGUGGCACAGAAUUACAAUCCUGCUGUGAGUUUUUGUUAACAAAUCUCUAUCUUAAUAAAGUAACAUUGCUGACGAGGUUAUUUGUGCCAGUAUUCACGUGCUAUUUUUAGUGACUUUUAUCUUUAUAAGCCUAAAUCAAGAUGUUGAAAUCUCCAGAAAUAAAAACGUUGUUUAAAAA